AUCAAACAACAAUACCCAUGAAAAAAAAAAAACAAAAUCAUUUUUAUUUUUUGCCCUUGAGUUCGAAAUCAUUCUUCAUCUUCAUCAUCAAACAAUAAUACCCACAAAAAAAAAUCAUUUUUAUUUACCCUGGGUUCCAUGAACCCAGUAAGCGCCGUGAGGCUUAAUCUAACCCAGCAGCGCUCGUUGGGUUUCGAUGGAACCCAGCAAGCGCCGCUGGGCUCGAUCGAACCUGGAUCUGGUGUUAGGGAAGGGAGAGAGAAAACGAAGCCUGCUGGGGGGAAGAAGAUGAACAACCACUAGAACGUUGAGGUAAAGAGGAAGAACGUGUGGAUGACCGUUCAGUCGAUGAUCUCUUGUCUUUUAUUAAUGGAGGAGAUGGAGAUUCUAAAGGAAUUAAAACUUCAAAGAGUAAGAAGAAAAGAGCUGCAAAAGAACAGCUCUUCAAAUGAGAACUCUAAAAAUUAUGAGGUCUGGAUCUCUCCAUUUCACUGUCUUCUUCUCCUUUUUACUGUCAAGUUACUAAAAUUUCUACAUCUUU